AUGUCGACAACCGUCACUUUCGUCACACCAACGGCGGUAGCUCCUCCGGGACAGCCCGACAUAUCGUAUGCUCCGGAUCGCGACAAGUGGCAAGCCCGAGCGGCUCGGCGCCUCAAAGAGGGGAACCUACCGAGCGCUCUCCCUAAAGGGUUCCCAGCGCAAUUGACCGGCGACCUAGUCUGGGAAGGCAAUAGCGUAGCGGACACAUAUGACUGGACAUACGUCCUCAAUGCCGAUCAAUUAAAUGAGAUAGACCGAGCUGUAGAACAUUUCAAGGGCUUGGGCUUAUCACUAGGUCAUCUCACGGCAGACACGUUUCCGCUGCCGAAUCUGCACAGUGAGUUGCGCCGUCUAUCGGCAGAACUGCACAACGGGCACGGGUUCUUCGUAAUUCGUGGCCUUCGCGUGGAUGAACACUCCCGCGAGGAGAACAUCAUCAUAUAUACAGGAAUUUCCGCGCACAUCGCCGCGCAGCGUGGUCGACAGGACCACAAGUACAAUGGCAAAGCGGCCGAUGUAGUUCUCAGUCACAUCAAAGACCUAUCCUGGUCGCAAAACAACGGCGCCAUCGGUAGUCCUGCAUACACCACUGAUAAGCAAGUCUUCCACACGGAUUCGGGGGAUAUCGUGUCUUUGUUUGCGCUCGAGACAUCGGCGGCUGGUGGAGCUAGUAAAUUGGCCAGUACUUGGCGUGUGUACAAUGAAAUUGCCGCGACUCGUCCGGAUCUCAUCCAUACUCUUUCCCAGAGUUGGGAUAUGGAAGUAUUUGAGAAAGCGGACAAACAAUGGAAGGAAAGACCGCUGUUAUAUCACUUUCCGGCAACAGAUUCUACUCCUGAGAGGGUGGCCCUACAGUACGGUCGCCGAUACUUCGUUGGUUUCGGUGCUCUCCCGCGAAGCCCCAAUAUUCCCCCCAUCACUGAAGCCCAGGCUGAGGCUCUCGAUACGCUCCAUUUCCUAGGGGAAAAGUACUGCGUAAACAGCGACUUCCAGAAGGGGGAUAUCCAGUACAUAAAUAACCUUGCUAUUUUCCACGCGAGAGACGGUUUUACCGAUACGGAAGAAAAACGUCGUCAUCUCCUACGUCUAUGGCUGCGUGACCCGGAGAAUGCGUGGCAGACUCCGGAGGUCUUAGAUUAUCGGUGGGCGCAGCUUUAUGAAGGUGUUACACCAGAAGCACAAGUCCUUCCCCUUGAGCCGUUUAUUCGUAGUGCGGGAAAUAAGGGGAGAUGAUAUAUAUAGCCCCUUAUUAUUGACCCCUGUUUAUUAAUACCUUUAGGAUUAUAAGAGUUAUCACCGCUAGAUAUGCUGAAAGAAGUGCCUUGCGCCGAGUGGGGAUCCCUAGU